AUGGCUUCUUCCAGACUCAUUCCCCUGUGGCAGGAUUUUAAAUACCUCCUAAAUGACAUCAUAUAUAAAAGCAAGCAAGUUUCGGAUAACGCACAGAAGGACGUAGUUGUGCUGAGCGACCGGUCCCAGAUACUGUUCAGAGAGUCUCGCCAUCCUCACAAUAUGCCACCUGUAUGCCACUACUUCAGCGAUGCCAGCUUCUUUGCCUCCCUCUCUUGGGUGACAAGCACAAAAGAAGUACAGGCUGUGGUGUGGAUGAAGAGCCAAACGGAGGACCUGGUUGAGAAGAGAGUAUUCUCCAUGACUGAACGGUUGCCUCCUAUCCAGUCUAUGGUCCACACAGGUUCCUUUCAUAUCCUCGUGGCCUACUGUGGUGACCUGAUCCUGCGGCUCUUUGGGGACCACGUUUGGUCAUUCAAAUCCCUUAGUACUGUCCCCUGCCGCUUUAACAUCAACUGCCUCUGCUAUGACCCAGAAAUGAAAAUGCUUCUGUCGGGCAUCCUGGGGGCAGUGGUCACCUGGAUCAUUGACCGGAAUGGCAAGGGCCUCCAUAUAGCCCACAUGGUUCCCAUGCCUGGUGAUGAGCUUAUCCAAGACAUCGUGCUGAACGGCCCCAAGGGCUCCCUUCUGGCCCUGUGUGAGACUAUGGUGAGGGUCCUGGAGCGCCAGGGCCAAGGCCAGCUAGCUGAGGUGGGGAGGUUCACUUCUGCCACCAGUGGCUCUAUCACCUGCUGCUUCACCUGCUUUGACCAGGGUUUUCUCUAUGCUGGGAACCACACUGGGGAAAUCCAAGUUUGGAGCUUCAUCCGGGGCCACUCUCUCCACAGUUUCAAGGCCCACUUCUCAUCAGUGGUGUGUAUCCAGAGCCGGCCUGAAGCCCACACCCUGCUGACAGCUGGCAAGGAAGGCUUGAUCAAGGAGUGGAACCUCACUUCCGGGAACCUGCUGCGGCGGCUUGAACUCGGCGAGGAGCUCUGUCGGCUCCAGUUCAUUGACAGUCUUACUUUCUUCUGCCAGACUACCUGUUCUUUCUCCUUGUACAGUCUGCCCUGCUUCUAUAGCCUCUUCAAUGUCUGUGGCGCUACUCCCCAGCAGGUGCGGCGGGUUCGCUGUGGUGAUAACUGCUUCCGGAUCCUGUGCACUACUGACGAUGGCUUAUUGCGCUUUGUGUCCCCAAUCACAGGGGAUCUUCUGCUCCUUACCUGGCCCUUCUCAGUCCUGGACCAGGCUGUCGAUUGGGCCUUUGACACAGAGAAAGAGGAGCUCUUUGUAGCGACAGGCAGCACAGAUGUGCUGGUGUUUGACACGACCCGCUGCCCUUGCCCAGCCAAGUAUCUCUUGUGCACCUCACCCAAUUCUCAAGACUGGGUACAAUGCCUGGCUUAUGGGCAUUUCUAUCUGGGUCGGGGUCUCCAAGGGCUAAUGUUCUCUGGACACCAGAGUGGUGUGAUCAGAGUGCUUUCCCAGUACAACUAUGCCCGAAUACAGAAAUGCAUGCACUUUGGAGCUGUACUCGCACUUUCUACGCUGCCUGGAGGGCCUUUUGGUAGCCGAGAAAAUGCUUUGCUCUGCUCCUAUGGAAUGGAUGACUAUGUGCACCUAUCAGAAGCAGUGCUUGAGGGGAAGAAAUUACAUUUGAACUGCCUUGCCAGCAUCCUCAGCACCUGUCACCUAAAACACCUGAUACUCUUACCCACGUCUGUGGGCGCCAUCACAGAGACUAACUGCCUGCGUCUCUGGAAGUUCCACGAUUUCCUGUCCUCUGAGUCACAGGAAGGCUCAGUGUUCAUAGAGACGUUGCCUCUGCACCAGUGUACCAUCACAUCCUUUGAUGUCUGCCUGUCCUUGAGUCUUUUUGUCACAGGUGGUAUUGAUGGCUCUGUCCGGGUCUGGAACUUCCGUGGCAGACUCGUAGCCAUGCUGGACUCAUCACUGCACUUUGGCCCACUCUGCUUUGCAAAUGACCGGGGUGACUUGCUUGUGGCCUUUAACCAGAGUCUUUAUCUGGUGUCCUGUCUCAAACUGCUUCACCCAUCCCUGCUGUCUCACCUUUCCUUUAUGAGCAUGCCAGAUGAAGUGCUAGAGAUCCCUAAGCCUUUCAUGCCCAGCUUUUUCUUCUCCUUUGAGACCAUGUUUGUGCCCAAGUAUAUCUACCUUGAAAAGGGGCAACAGGAAUUAGUGGGACUGGAGAAACUGGUCAAUUACCGGGCCAUCGCCUUUGACCAGAAGGUGCCACAUGUCAUUGAAGAUGAACCAGGGAGUCCCGUGUUACUGUCUGCCUUCAGACACGAUUCCUUGUGUAAAGGGGAAAUGGAUUCGACAGAGGUAACAAAACCUCAUCACGCCCAUUAUGUGGUUCCUCCCCAACUACAGCUGGCUACCUGGGAUGGACUCAACCCCUACCAAAUAUUGCGGUGCUACUUUGGUAAAGGGAAGAAAUGGCUGUUGGCUCCUGACUGCUACAUCCCCAACUCAGUGAUUCGUGCCCGUCUUUGGCCAGAGGGCAGUCCAAUAUUCCUCCAGUGCAACCUGCAUUCACCUAUGCGGGAAAUAGAAUGGGACAAGUCCCAGCAAUUCUUCUUCUGGCACAGUAGGGCAAAAUUGGUAGGUAAGGCAAGAGCAUAUUCACAGGAAAAGGAAGAUGAAGACUUCAUAAAAUUGAGAUUAUCCAAGGAUAUAACCUACAAUGUGCUUACAGACUCAGCAGACCGCAGCUGGCUGGGCAAAAAGAUGAGUGAAAUAGCUAUUAAUAGCCUGGUGGAGGCAAUCCUCAACAUUAUGAUCCAUGCUCCUCCACUCAAGUUCCAAUGCUGUAUUGGUGCACUAGGGCAAAUCUUUGCCUCUUACGAAGUGUCUUCAGCCCUGCGCUCUGAAACAGCCCAUCGUCUACUGGAUAAUACCACCAAUUCCAAUCCACUGAUCCGAGAGCUAGCCUGGGAAGGGCUGAAGCGUCUAGGAAUGAUUACUCAGCUCUUUGCCAUGCCUCUGGCCCAAGGAUUGAUGGACAAGGACCAAAGAGUGAGGAGUAAGGCCCUGAGCCUCAUGGGUGACACUGGAAUCCACACUAAGUCCUCACUCCUAAAUUUGAUCCAGCACCAAGACACCUUCCGGGAGAUGCAGCAGGAAGUGAUUGGGGAGGAACCCCUGGACCAUCUGCUGGGGAUGCAGGCCGCAGAUCUCCAAAUCCUCUAUACUCAAGUGGAGCAGCGACUAAAUGAAAAUCUGACCUUGUCAGAGGGAGACAAAAAGCCUGCAUUUUCUUUAGAGGUUGCAAAAACUUCUGAACUUUGGUCCCUUUCCAAGAAAUCUGAAGUUCCUAAAGAAUCUGAAGUUGCCACCAAGCCCAGCAAAGGCCAAAGACAGGGCCAAGCAGGGGAAAAAAAGCACACCCGAAAACUGUGGCGGAGCCUCAAGAAGAUAAAAAAGGCUGACAAAGGGCCACAUCCCUUAGAGGGUGAAGGUGACCAGAGUGAAGCUGCACUGCUUGAGGUGAUGGAUACGGCCAUCUAUUCUGGAAGGUCUUCAACUGUAAGUUUGUUCAAGAUUUCAAAAGAUGCUGAACAACAACCUCCAGAGAAAGAUUUCCCAAAGGACCAUACUGCACUGACCCUGGAGAUGCUAAGGAAAUUACGUGAUGGAAGAGGCAAGAAAAAAACAGUUAAGAAGCCCCUAAAGAGGCCCAAGAAGAAGACAAAGGAAGUUGAGAAAUCUCUGUCUGCUGUAGAGGUUAAACCAGGUAUGAAGACGCUGAAGACUGAAGGGCGAGGUGCCUCUGGAGCGCCUGGUCACAGGGUCACCCCUGGAGAUGGCUCAUCAUGGCGGAAUGAUCUAUGUCGUCUUAUGAGCUUGAGAUUAUCCAGUUCCCAAACAGAAGUGUCACAAGCUCUAAACAUGGAGCUGGUGACCAUGGCUCAGGAGGUGCUGGCAGAUCGGCAGCCCAGUUGGGACCUUUUUAGGGAGAUCUGCCCCUUGUUGAAGAAAGAAAGUGCGGUUGUGUUUGAGGAGCUCCACUGGGAUGGGGGGACAAUCAGAGAAGACGCAGUGAUCAGAAGAGAUGAGGGGCCAGACGUGCGAGAGGACGUGCAGAAGGAGGCCAGCGGCAGGCCAGACGUCCAGGUGACUGCCAGAAAAGGGAAGAAAAAGACAAUUACGUUUUUUGAACCAGGUGACCUAACCAAGGGUGAACGAAUAUCAAAGAAAGAGAAGAAAUCCUUUAAGAAGCCCUUUAAGCAAGAGAGGAAAGCAGUCUGGCAGGAAAUGAAAGUGGAUAAAAAACAUAGGAAAGUAGCCAAAGGAGGGAGAGAUGUGAGUCAGCAAAUGGAGGAAAUGGCCAAACCAGAGGAGGGAGUGGUUGCACAAGAAGGAAGACCAGUUACAGCAGAGAGGAAGCUGUCUUGGCCGGAGUGGAAGAAGUCCAGGGAUGAGUGGGAAAAGGCCAGUGAGGAGAGGAGGAUAUCCUGGAACGAAUGGAAGGAAGCUUGGGACAGGAAGCAUCUUGAGGAAGAGGAGAAAGCACAAAUGGAUGAAAAGAAGCCACUCCCAGCUGAGGAAAAGCUGGAAGAGGACAAGAGGAAGCUAAGAGGGGAAGGAGUAUCAGCCAGGCCCAAGGAGCCACCGUUCAAGGAUAAGGAGGAGGAACUGACCCUGGAGGGAGAAACACUGUCUCAGGAAGAGGGAGAAGGAAAAGAAGGAGGAGGAGAAGAAGACCUGGUGAAAAAAGAGCAGAGACAAGUCCAAAAAGAAUAUAAAGAGGCCUAUAUUGAGAGGAAACAAGCCCAGGCUAAAAGAAAACGAGCCCAAGAAGAAAGGAAGCUGGCACAAGAAGAAGAGAAGUUAGCACAAGAAGAGAGAAAGCUGGCCCAGGAAGAGAGGAAACUGGCCAGAGACUAUGGGAAACAGGCUCAAAGAGACAGGACAAUGGUCCAGGAAGAGAGGAUGUUUGCCUACAAAGAGGAAAAGCUGGCCCAAAGAGAGGAGAAGCUAACUCAGGAAGCAGAGAGACUGGCCCAGAAAAGGAAGAAACUGGCCAAGAAAUUUGAGGAACUGGCUCGAGUAGAAGAGAAAAUAGCAAAGAAAGUAGGGAAGGUGGCUGAGGUAAAAACAAUCCUGGUCCAGAAAAUGGAAAAACUGUCGCAGAAGGAGCAAGAUCUGGCAUUGCAAGAAAAGGAACUAGCCCAGGAAUUGGAGAAGCUGGCAUCAGAAGAGCAGGAGCUGGCUUGGAAAGAAGAACUGAGCCACAAAGAGAAGGAGUUAGCUGAGGAAGAGGAAGGACUGGAUCAGGAAGAGAAGACGCUGUCCUGGCAAGAGCAGAAACUGCUUAUGGAAGAGGACGCACUGGCCCUGGAAGAAGAGCUGCUGGUCCAGGAAGAGCAGAAACUGGCCAAAGACAAGGAGAAACUGCCUGAAGUAGAGGUAAGCCUUGCCCAGAAAAGGAAGAAACUGAUGGAGAUCAAGUUAAAACUAGCCCAGGAAAAAGAAAGAUUGGUCCAGAAGAAGGAGAAACUCCGAGAGAAGAAGGAUAGCCUAGCCUGGAGGCGGAGGUCUCUGGCUCAGGAGAAGGAGAAUCUGCUUGAUGAGAGAGUGAAAUUUACUCAGAAGAAAGAGAACAUCCUGAAGCUCCAAGAAAACCUCACCCACAACAAAGAUAAAUUAACUGAAGUAAAGGAGAAAAUGGACAUGUACAAGAAGAAACUGGUUCAGGUAGGGAAGCAGCUGAUGGAACAAAAGGCAAAUGUUUCCCAGAAGGAGAAGGUGGCUGAGGCAGAGAAAAAGCUGGCCCAGUCAGAGGAAAGGCUGGCUGAGAAGCAGCACAAUCUAGCCCAGGACAAGAUGCGAUUCGCUCUGGAGAAGAGGGCGGUGUUUCAACAACUGAAACUCCUCAGAGGAGAGUGGGAGAGUGCCAAGGAAGAAAAGUCACUGGGCGGGGAAAUGAAGAAACUGGCCCAAGAGAAGGCGAGGCUGGCUGAGGGAAAGCAAACUCUCUCUGCAGGAGAGACCAAAGAAACCUUAAGAGAGGGGAAACUGACUAAUAAUGAACUAGAACUAAUCAAGAAGAAAUUGUCCCUCGAGGAGAAGAUACCUGUGUACGAAGACAGGAUACUGGCCACAGAGCUAAGGGACACUGCCAAAGGAAAACUGGAAUACAGCAGAGGAGGGCGAGUGUAUGCCCAGGAAGAGAGGAAGCUAGCCAAAGUAGUAAGGAAGUUAGCUAAAGAAAGCAAGGGCACUUCCAAGGCACAGGCAAAAGUGAGCAGCAAAAUCUUACAGGCACUUCAAAAACUUAGCAAAAAAGAAACAAAACUGACCCAGGAAGAAAUAGAGUUGACAAAGACAAAGAGGUCACUCUUUGCAAAGGAAAGGAGAUUGGGCAAGGAACAAAGUAAACUUGAUGCCAAAGAGCGGGAUGUUUCUGAAGAACCGCUGGAAAUAACUGAAGAUGAGAAGAAACUGGCUAAGAAACAGAGAAAACUUGCCAAAGAAAUGGAAAGAAUAAUAAAGAAAGAGGAAGAAAUAGCCAAGGAAGAAAGCGAAUUGGCCAGACAACAGAGAGAAAUCAUACAGGAAGAAGUGGAGGGAGCAGUAACAGAGGAAGAAGAGGUAACACCAUUGCCUGAACAAAGGUUGAGAAAGAGAAAAGAACUAGUGGUUACAGAAAAGGGAGAGCUUCCCAGUCAAGGGGAAAGUAGAGAGAGCAUUUCCAAGGACAUGGAAGGCCUAUUAGAUGAAGUAGAGCAAGAGAGUUUGUCUGAGGAGGAGGAAGAGGAGGAGGAGGAAGAGGAGGAGGAGGAAGAGAAGGAGGAGGAAGAAGAGGAGGAGGAAGAGGGGGAGGAAGAGGAGGAGGGAGAGGAAGUGGAGGUGGAAGAAGGGGGAAAGGAGGAGAAGAAAAAGAAAAAGAGGAAGAAGGAGGAGGAAGUGUCAGAGAAGGGGGAGGAAAUGUCAGAGAAGGAAGAGGAGGAGGAGAAAAGCAUCAGUGAGGAAGAGUCAGAAAGUCUGAGUGAGAAAGAGGAGAAAAGCUCACUGGAAGAAGAGGCAGACAAGGAAAAAGAGAUCUUAAAAAUAGAAAAAUUACCUAAGCUUCAAGAACAAAGACAAGAAGACCGAAGAGGAAGAGAAGUAAUCCCCUCUAUUGGAAAAAGCAUUCCUGAUAUCAAAGACAGUGCUAUACAACUAAAAGUUCUGAAAGCCCCUUCCAAGACACUGAUCUCCAUAGCUCCGGACAGGAAAGAGAAGAUACCAGUGACAGGGCCUACGAAACAAGUAUACUGGAAAGAAAAAUCCAGAACACCUGAGACAUCCAAGGUACUUCCAGAGUCAAGGUUUUUGGAUAAACAAGGCGAACUGUUGAAGAAACAUAAGCCCUUACCUCUCCAAGUUUUGGAUACAGUUUUGGAGCCCCCAGAGUCAGACUUGAAGACCUCAUAUUUAUCUCCCAUAUUGAAGAAGACCACAGAAGCUCAGAAACUCCAACGCAAACCACCAGGACCCAAGUGGCAGUGGAUUUUGCGGCAUCAUCCAUCUCUGAUGAGACGGACUGAGGUGCAAUUACCUGUGCCCCAAAUCUUGGCUAAGAAAAUAGGUGCUGAGGUAAGGCUCUCAGAUACAGAGUGGAUCCACCGUGUCCUAGAACGGAUGGAGGCAGGAGAACAGCUUUCCAGGGAUAGCCUCCACAGAUUGUGCCAGCUUCUCAAAGACCUCACCUCAAAAGGAAACCUAGACUGGAUACAUCUGGCCCAACUCAAAGCCAUCGUGAACCAUCAAAAGCAGGUCUUGGAAUCACGAAGCGCAAAACCCACUAAGGAGCCCAUGGGUCCAAAGUACCUGAAAGUGACCCCUCCUAUAAAAGGAAAGGAAAAGGAAAGCUGGUUAAAACCUCUGGCUGUCCCCACAUCAAAGCCCCCAUUAGAUAUCCAAAGGAUCCCAACCCCAAAAGGUAUAAAUUGGCACCUUCUAGGAGAGCCUUACAGGAGCGCGCGGGCAGAGCAGAGGUCCACUGCUCUCAGGGAGGUGGAGAUGCGCCACUUCCAUCCCGCCACAAGAGACAUGUUCCCAGAUGCCGAGGCCUCUGUAGAAAAGCAAACCCUUGCACUGAUGUUUCAAAAGGACUUCUGGGUUUUUAAGGAUAAAGGCAGGUUUCCCAAAUUGCCCAAGCUGGAAAAGAAGGCACGGCCCAUCUCGAAGAAGAAGGAAGAGCUGCCUCAAUGGGAGACAUUUGUGGCGCUGUACUAUGUUUUGCGGAUGUUGCAGCAGCGAUACGCAGAUGACAGCGCCACUUGGAUGGAACACUUCUACCAGCUCAUGGACCUGUACCACCUUAAGUCGCCCCGAAUCCAGAGGCUUCUGCAGGAGCUGUUACUGAGGGAGGAACCCCAAACCCAAGAGAUCAGCUACAUGGAGGCCCUACAGGCCACAGACCUAGUUCCUGGGGAGCGGUUGUUUUACCGCCUGUUUUGUGGUGGCUCUCAAAACCCUAAAGGUCCCCUGGAGUUCCAGGAGGUGGUGUCCCUCCCAGGUCAGAAUAAUGUCCGUACCAUACUUCCCACGGGCAUUGCUCACUAUGGGAUCUUAGAACUCGCCUGGAAGAGCCUGCCUGAAGCUGAUAUUCACCUCUCCAAGGAAACGCCCCAAUCUAGGACUGAUGGGAGGUCAGGACUUUCCAUCCCCUCUGGAGAAAGACCUUGUCACCAUAAUUGAGACCCUUAUCCCUAGGGCCCACACAGAGGUUGGGCCAGGCAAAAGCCCUUUCCCUCCCCAGCCCCAGAAACCAGCUUCCAUAUGUGGAAUAAAGAGGAGGCUCUCAUUUGCAGCAA